AUGAUCCUCCUCGGCCGUUUACUCAAAUUGGUUUAUGAUCGUCUCACCCGCACUCAGCUUCAUGGAGGCGCCGUGAGCUUGCAUCGUGACGAUUUUCGCAUGGCACAGCGCGGCAGCAAAAAAAGCAACGUCGGACAACGCUCCAACAGGCUCCACUGUAGAAUUCGCACUUUCCUCACAACUCGUUCUGGCGGCAUGCAGUCGCAAUCUGUUGAUCAAAAUAAAUACAGUCACCUUUCUUGGGUGAAGGAAACAUGGGUCGUCGCAGAAAUGGCCGGCUUAUCGCUGUCUGCAUGUCCGAAGGAAUCUUUAGGGUCGCCCGUUUCGGGAGGAUCCUACUUACCUGACUGUCAUCGGCACACACGUUCCGGUCGUGCUGGGGGACGACGUGCCAGGACCGGAGUCGCCUAUGGCAGAAUAUGGGGCAGCCCUGACACCCUUUUUGGCCGUCACGUGUGCGGUGGCCUUUGUUGGAAUCUCUGCUUCAAAACAAAUAGCGCAAUUGCCCCUGGAGCAUGGUAUGUCAUCGCCACAAAUACUUUAUGGUCUGCUGCACUCAUGGCCCGUCCCUAG